CUAUGCACCAACGUGCUUUAGACUCUGACAGAGAAGACAGUAUAAGUAGCGGCAGAGCCCGAGAGCUUUAAGUGCGUUCAUGUCCCUUUCAGAGCAGCGUGUCGAUGCGCAAUUGCGCAUCCAGGAAACCCUAAGCAGUCACACCAGAGACAAGAAGGGGAUCUGAAAACUACCGCAGUGCCUGACGGGAGAAAAAAAAAUCCUUUUGUGACCUUUCCCAUGAAAAUGCAUUUCUAAUGUUCUCAUAUUAACCAGGUGAGCAUUGCUUCUCCAUGAAUUAGCCGCGACUUCAUAUGGGAAGAUAUUGGAGGGACCGCUUUGCCCAUUGACAUUUGGAGACAUCGGGAGGUUGAGCAUGCCAAUGUUUUGGACUCGCGCAUGCUGUGGCAACAACUCACGAUGACAGUAAGAAUCAGGACGGAUGCACUCAUCACAGGUCAGGAUAUCUCAGGGGACGCGCCAUGGACGCAUUGGACAUAAUAGCUUCGGUUUUAGUUUUAGGGAUUAUUGUCGUGUCGUUGCUGUCCAACGUUGUGGUGCUGAUCUGCUUUCUCUACAACCCGGAGAUCCGCAAACAGGUACCCGGUCUUUUCAUUCUCAACUUGACGUUUUGCAACCUGUUGCUGAGUGUGUCUAGCAUGCCACUCACCCUGGUCGGCCUCAUCACCGGGGGCUACCCCGAAGGCAGCGGCUUUUGCCAAUUCGUGGGAUUCCUCGACACUUUUGUCACCACCAACUCCAUGCUGAGCAUGGCAGCUCUCAGCAUCGACAGAUGGGUGGCGGUGGUAUUCCCCCUGAACUACCACUCGAGAAUACGGCACCGGGAUGCAGUUGUAGCGCUGGCCUACACGUGGAUACACUCGCUAUGCUUCUCAACAGUGGCAACCUGCCGCUCUUGGGUCGGGUACCAUCGCCUUUACGCAUCGUGCACCCUCUGCAAUAUCCGGGCGAAUGGAGCCGGGACGCAGUUCACCAUUUUCACGGUGGCUCUGCACUCUCUCACAUUCCUUCUCACGCUGAUCGUGUUGUGCGUAACGUACCUGAAAGUGCUGAAAGUGGCAAGAUUUCACUGCAAACGGAUCGACGUGAUCACCAUGCAGACGUUGGUGCUGCUGGUGGAUUUUCACCCCAGUGUGCGACAGAAAUGCUUGGAUGAGCAGAGGCGGAGGCGGCAGAGAGCCACCAAAAAGAUCAGUACUUUCAUCGGCACAUUUGUUGUGUGCUUCACCCCAUAUGUCAUUACCAGAAUUGUAGAGCUCUUCUCCUCAGGCACCAUUAGCCCUCACUGGGGAGUGCUGUCCAAAUGUUUGGCCUACAGCAAGGCAGCGAGCGACCCGUUCGUCUACUCGCUGCUGCGUCACCAGUACAGGAAGACCUGCAACCUUCUGGCCAACAAAGUCCUCAAGAGGAGUCCGCUCAACUCCUCCUCCUCCCUCAGGAUGGAGAGCUGCGCGGCGAGGAGCGCCAACAACUCGAACAACACCAACAACAACCAACAGUAGAUCGACCUCUGUGUGACGGUGUAACAUCGCGGGGGAACUUGUUAAUGUGAUUAUUAGUGAAGGAAGAGGCCGGCUACAGUCUCUACUUUUCUUAUUAUCAGCAAAUCCUAUGAAAAGUCUAAAGACAGCUAGACGGCUUUGAGGUCUUGUCUGUGGCACCCUUUGCUUACAGAAGUCGUCAAAAUAGAUGAAAAUCUUGGAAAAUCAUGGAUGACGGAGGUGUUAAGGCGCAGCGGAAUAACCUGUAUACAACUUUAGCUACAGGGUAAAAUCAGUAGGAUCCAUUCUUCUUAAAAAAAUAUAGACACUGGUAGACCAACCCCUUUUGUAGGUUGUGUGUGUCGAUUGUGAUGGCAUUAUGUUUUUCAAUGAAAAUAAUAAUAUAAUCUUCUGCAAAGAGUGAACAAGUUUAGUCAGUAGCAUUCUGGUGUGUCAAACAGCUCGCGUAACAUCGAAAGCAAAAGGAUGGGGGUAUAAUUAGUCAACUGCGUCAAUAAUGGCACAAACUACGAUCCAAACGUGAACAGCAGUGUAACCCUAACCUCCAAAUCACAGAAGGAGCCGGUUAUCGCUCCAAAUCGGAUGAGCAGGCUUUAUUUGUGGACUAACACUAGAGACAACAUCUAAGUCUGAAUUAUUAACUUUCUCCAAGGCUGUUAAAUGUUUGGACGAAUCAGUCCAAUGCAUUACCUCAAGUCACUAUUGUUGUACAUUAAAUAAGAGUUUUACAUUUCACCGGAAGUGUUUGGCAGAGUUCCUAAAUUCAAGCUCUCCCUCUGACCUCAAUGAUGAUUCUCAGGCCGGAUGAACGUAGUAUAUGUGUCGAUAAUAUAAAGCAGAUGAGCAUUUUGACUGUACAGACGUGUCGUAUAUGAUGGCUGAUUUCAAAUGAUUAUUUGUUGUAGCUGUGAGUUCUGAAGUGCCUUUUAGACUACGAACUCGCUGAUUCAAUCAAAACAUAACAGGAAACCUUCACAUUCUGCCAUUUUCUUGGUAUUCUGUGAUGUGGUUAACUGUGAGCCAAUGAUACAGUUUGGUCCCAUUGUAAGAAAGUUUUAUGGGAUGUUAAUUAUUUGAAUAACUGUAUUGUUGCAUCGAGCAGAACAGGGUGAAAUAUUAUUUGAACGUGGUAGCAGCUAUUCUAUGAUGUGUAAUUACAUUUUAGCACAUAACGUUUGAGCGGUUGUGUGAUGUCAGGUUGUAAAAUCUUUUUUUUAGGCUGGCGAAUCAGGAUGUUGUGUUUUUCCUUUACUGUGACAGUAUCAAGACUUUUAAAAGGCUUAAAAAAUAUUUAUUUUUGCCGAGUUGUCGGGUUUUUGCUAAAUACAUUGGUGACUAGAUUGCAAU